AUGAAAGCCGUCCUACAACGAGUCAAGUCCGCCUCGGUCACCGUGGAUGGCCACCUAAUCUCCUCGAUCGGACAAGGCAUUCUCGUCCUCGCCGGCGUAGGAAAGGAAGAUACCGAGAAAGAUGCCGACUCAAUGAUCGGGCGGGUAUUGAAGGCGAAGCUAUGGCCCGACGAGAACGACAAAUCGUGGAAGAAGAACGUGCAGGACAUAAAUGGAGAGAUUCUCUGCGUGUCCCAAUUUACACUCUACGGCCACCUAAAAAAGGGCAACAAGCCCGACUUCCAUGAAGCCGCCGAUGCGGAGACCGCGCGCAAACUGUAUGAUUACUUCAUUCAACGGUUGAGCGAAUCGUACAAGCCCGAACGGGUGAAGAACGGGGUCUUCCAGGCGAUGAUGGAGGUCGAAUUGAAGAACGACGGGCCGGUUACGAUUGAGAUUAAUACGCAAUUACCGAAGAAGGAGAAAAAGGAACAACCGCCUGGCAAGGAGGAUGGAAAGCCGCAGACAUUCGAGUUUAAGUUGCCGGCGGAGUUGAUGGAGUGA